AUGUCGGGCACUUUGGCCGCAUCCACUUGGACCGCAAUGAAGACGCGCAUCACUGCGUCCGUGCGCACCACCAAUCGGAUGAAUGCGCUGCUCUCGGAGUCCAUGCUCAGUCGACGGCGAGCGCUGCAGACUGGAGGCGAUGGUGAGAUGGGUGCCAUCGGGGAGGGAGGCGAGCGUAAGGAGAAGCCGAAAAAUGAUUGGAAAUUCUUUCACACCAAUUUCAAUAUGGAACGUGCGCACAAAAUCAUUGAAGAUUGCAUUGAGGAGCGUCUGCUGUGGGAUCGCUUCAGUCGCAGCUACGACUCUUGGCGGGCACUCCAACUGGUCGAGAGUCUGGCGGCGGAGAUACGAGAUCGGGUCAAGAAGCUAAACCACAGACGGCAUCGCAUUGUCUGUCUGCUGUCGCUGGUGGAAAAGCAGAACCAGGGCAUCUAUCAGAGAAUGUGCCAUCUGAUGGACGAGAAGCGUGAUAAUUUUACCCAACUUGUUUUCGAACGACCCACGUACUUUAUGGUUGUCGUCUUGUAUCUGGUCCAUCAGGAUUAAUUGAAAGUGAAAGUUGUAAAAGCUUGCAAGCUUUUUUUUAGCCAAGACACAAACCAGUUGUA